AUGCACACGGAGCUAGUUUUUUGCAAGUCGAAAGUGUUCGUUCAUUGCAGCUCGAAAGCUGAGGAUAACAUACCUGGGUUUCUACUUAUAACUAGGGAUUCUCAACAACCAGCCCUGGAAGCUACAGUAACCUGGAUCCCUGAAAAGGACUUAGAAAAGGACCAGAUCAAUGAUUUGAUGAAAUCGGAUCUGGAUCGGAUCUCUGGCGGUGACAGGCGUAGGAUUAAGAAAGAUAUUGUAUCGCAAGCUUUGUACGUUGCGUGGGCAUUUUCCAUCAAGGUCAGCUCGAUUUAUUCGAUACAGUUUAGGCCGCCUAGCCCCAGCGGAUGGUGGUACGGUUCCGUGGCUAUAAAUUCCAGAAGCAUUCAGGAGCAAGACUCUAUACCGAUCUUGUUCUUUCACGAUGACGUCUGCCCUUCCACGAAGGAAAAGAAGAAGGAGCUCUCAAAGUCAUUUGAUCCAUUUAGUGGUACAGAUAUUUAUUGGGGAGCUCACGACUUUCGCGAUGCGUUGCUGAAUAUUGCAGAUCUCAAGCAAACGUUUGUGGAUCCCACAGUGUGGCUGGUCAAUGCAACUUUAGACGACCUUAGAAAUUUCUCUCCGUCAGAUCCAAAACAAAAACGAGAUGCUAGUAAAGUUUCUAGUCAAGAAUCGUCAUUAUGGAACAAAUUUGAUGAGGCAAAAUGGAGCAUUAUGUCCAAAUUCGCUGAUCUCACCACGAAGUCUACCAAUCGCAUCGCAACUGUCUUCACUCAGCACCCUUUGGUCAAGUUUGUUGACAAACAUAACAACAACCCGUACGUCAAGCACAUUCUCAAAAAUCCCAAAGUUCAAGAGAUUCAAGACGAUUUUGACUCCGCUAAGAUUUAUCUAGCCAAAUGGGCGUUGGGUGUGAAAGAACAAGCGGAAAAGUAUCAGGCCAAAAAUGGCCUAGAUGAUACUUACAGGCGGCUGCUUUACAAUGAGCUUGGGAGUGAUGGAGGUGACGUUCAACUAACAGAGGAAGAACUCAACAUAGCCAUGCAACGAAACCAUACACUUUCUCGUGCUAAGUGGGACUCCUUUUUUGACGCAGAAGGUCGCCUUUCAAUAACGGUUCAUGAAGUUAAAGACUACAUUUUCCAUGGUGGGGUCACAGACAAGGAGUUGAGACGAGAAAUAUGGUUAUUUUUGCUAGAAGUUUUCCCAUGGGCAUCUUCUGCAGAAGAACGUCGUAUUUUGGAAGAAACUUUGCGUGACGGCUACCGGAUGAACUAUAAAAGUAAGUGGGAGUACCGCGAACCUCACUUGGAUGCUGAUGAAGAAUCAUACUGGCUAGAUCAGGUAUUGCGCGUCGAAAAGGAUGUAAAGCGAAACGACAGAGACUUGCCGCUAUACAAAUACAACACAGACGACGGUGAAGCACCCUCUAGCACCGAUGAAGAUCAAGCUCAGUCAGAUGAGCUGCAAGACAAUGACUCUUGGACUGUAAGGAAUCCUCACCUUCAAAAACUCCGCAGUAUUUUGCUCAGUUAUAAUGUCUACAACGAUGACUUGGGGUACGUGCAGGGAAUGUGUGAUUUGUUGUCGCCCAUUUAUCAUAUUUUGAAGGAUGAGGAACUGUCAUUUUGGGCCUUCGUCAGCUUUAUGAAUCGAAUGGAGAGAAACUUUUUGCGCGAUCAAUCUGGUAUUCGCGACCAAAUGCUAACGUUGACAGAUCUAUGUCAAUUGAUGUUACCGAAAAUGAGCCAUCAUUUGGCGAAGUGUGAUUCAUCGAACCUUUUCUUUUGUUUUCGAAUGUUACUGGUCUGGUUCAAGAGAGAGUUUGAGUUCGACAAUGUAUGCAACAUAUGGGAAGUAUUCUUGACGGAUUUCUAUUCCUCCCAGUUUCAGCUUUUCUUUAUGCUUGCCAUUUUACAAAAGAAUAGCCUACCAGUUAUGGAAAAUCUCGACCAGUUUGACCAGGUCUUGAAGUUUUUCAAUGAACUCAGGGACACCAUGGAUUGGAGCGAUCUUAUGAUAAGAAGCGAGCUACUCUUUGUUAAAUUCAAGAAGAUCAUGGAUAUACUAGAAAGAAGUGCAGAGCUUGACGAGUAUACUCUGUUAACAAGUGAGGGAAAUGUAAUAACCGAGACUCCUGCCUCGGAGGCGGAGCGUUCGCCAGAUAAUCGAACUUCUUUAGUAACGGAUAACUUAAAACAACUGUUGUCCAAGAAACUGGUAAUAAAGAGAGAACCUACUAGAGACAAGAACUCCGUUAAAUGA